AUGUUUAGGAAGAGAACAAUAAAUAAUUUAAAAAAUCGAAAAAAGACAGAAGAUAUAGAAAAUGAAGAGGAAGAAAAUGAAGAUAAUAGAGAAGUCAAGAAAUCCAAAAGGGAAGAGGAUCCAAAAGAUAUUACUUCUAAUGGCACUGAAGAAAAAGGCACGCACGAAAAAAAAUAUAACCUGAAUAAGGGAAAAAGUAUUAAUGAUAACGAUGAUAGUGUUGAUGAUGUAGUUUGUAAGUUUUUGUUCAAAAAAAAACUAAAAAAAUUGAACGAAGAAAGUAACUUACAUUUAAAAAGAAAACGUAAAUUGAUGAUACAAUCAGAAAAUGAAAAUAAAGAAGAGAAUAAUAUAACAGAAGAUAGAAUAUAUAAAGGUGACUUUAGUGUUUCGAAAAAUUAUGGUUCUUAUGAAAUAGACCAAGAUUCAAAGAAUGAUUAUAGAGCUAGAAUGGAAAGAAAUAUUGAAAUAGGAGAGGAAAUAUUAAAGGGGAACUUAAAAGACAAUGUCUAUAGAGGAAAAGAUGCUCAUGAAAAGUCCUUGAUGAUGAGCAAAGAUAGUUUAGCGAAAAAUAAAUAUACUGGAUUAUAUGGCCCAAUAAGAAAUAGUGGGGCAAAUGUUCGAAUGACGCUUAGAAUUGAUUAUGAACCAUGCAUAUGUAAAGACUACAAAGAAACGGGAUAUUGCGGUUUUGGCGAUACUUGUAUAUAUUUACACGACAGGAGUGACUACAAAAGUGGUUGGAAAAUUGAACAAGAGUAUGAGGAAAAGAGAAAACGAAAUGAGGCACUGCGAAAGGAAAAAUUAGAAAAAUGGAAUGAAAAAAUGUUGCGAAAGUUAAAAGAAAAGGAGGAAAAAACGGGAAAUUAUGUAGAUGAUGAUGGUGAUAAUGGAAAGGAAGAAAAAAAUGAACAUGGGCCUGAUAAUAAAGUAGAAAAAUCUUCCCAUUCACCAAGUGUUUCUUCCGGUACUGAAAAAGAAAAUUCAUCUGACAGCGAAUCAAGUGAUGAUGAAAAUAAUCUCCCAUUUGCUUGCAUAAAAUGCAAAAAAAAAUGGAGACUAGAAAUGAAUCCAAGUGUAACAGAGUGCUUCCAUUAUUUCUGUGAAAAAUGCUUUAUUCAAAUGUUUCAGAAAAAUAAAAAAUGUUUUAAAUGUGGAUUACAGCUAAAUGGAAUUAUGAAUGUGGCCCACAAUAUUGUCGACAUUUUGAACAAAAAAAAGCUUUCCAAAUAG